UCUGCGCUGUGAAGCAGAGUCAGUCCGAUACUGAAGGGCACAGAAAGAGGAGAGACUUUGCAGCAGUGCAGAGCAGCGCUCUUAAACUGAGAUAAAAAAGAGUUAAACAGAAGAAGAUAAACCCCUUCCUUGCCUCUGUUUGACUGAGUAGUUGGAUUAAGUGGACAAGAAGGUACAACAGGAAUAACGAAGAGGAAUGGGGGAGGAGGUGCUGGGGGUCUGUGUGUGUUCAUUUCUCCUCUCAGUCUGCCCGAGGAGCCUUGCAGCUGAUGGUGUCAUUGCGACAGCGCUCAUUGAGGGAGCUGUGUGAGCGUGUGUGUUUAAAAAUCAACAGCUGAGGGUUUGCCUCUCAGGUGGAUUUCGAAUAAAUCUGGGAUUUCUCGAAGAGUUUCUUUUUUUUMUUUUUUGUGUUUGUGGUACCUUCCUUAUUUCCCCUGCUCUCUCCCGUUCCUCCUCGGGUGCAUACGAGAAGCUUUGCUUUCUUGGUUCAAGGACUGCUGCUCUCUUCUCUCUUCCUACCUCGCUCCUUUCCAGCGUUCAGACGGCUUUCUCGCAACUGUUUUGGGACUAUGCUCGUUUGCUGGCUCCUCAACAGAGUGGAGAAGCAGAUGGAUCUUAAAGAUGAUGUCAACAGACAUCGUUUCCAAGAAUACCACAAGCCUGAGUGUUUGGAGUAACUUCACUGACUAGGUCCCCAACCACAAGAGCCCCUCUGCUGACCUUCGAUAGUCAACAAAGUUUCUGCACCGGGAACAAUGUCGACUACAUGAGUUCAAACGCUCAGCAGCCCACAUGUGAAUCACUGAGGACAUCGAAGAAGAAAAGAGGAAGAAAAGCUGUUGUUUUACAACCUUGGUAUUAAAUGGAUGCUUUUAUUCUUGAAUCCUGUUGAGAUGUAAAAAAAACAUGAGACCAGCCUUAACACAAUGUAUGUAAGGAUAAUUUGAAAACAAAACAAAAACAGAUACUUUUUUUCCAACAAGCUUCUUUAAAGUAACUCAUGGGAGUUGACGUGUCUCAUCCCCCCCGAAACUUUUCUCCAAGUCCUUUUUGAAUAAGCUGAGGGCGACUCGAACAGCCCGAACGUAAAGAAGAAAGCGUUAUAAAGUGCCCCCAGUUUAUCAUCGGCCCAUGCACUUCCUAUUUACAUCUAUAAUCGUUGUUUUCUGAGUAAUCGUCUUUUUAAUUAAUGGUGACGGAGGCGUGAAAUCCUAUCUGCCGUCCCCUUCAUCGCUCUCCCUUUUCUGCUGCUCCCAGAGACACCUGGAACCAAUUAACUACAGCUGAUCUGGUCGUGGAUUAGACACGGGGAGAGCAGGAGUGAUUAGAUACAAACAUAAAAGAAGGGGAAAAAACAAACAAAUAAUAAAAAAAAGAAAGGUGCCUGAGAACAGAACAAUAGUGGGAGAAAGGAGAGGUUAAAACAGGACCUGUCGGUCAUCCCGGUGUUUGAUGAAAGGGAGGAUCAGGAGGUGGAGGGGGAUAUGGCCAGAUCAGGGCGCCAACACGCUAAGAUAAUAACUAGCUGUGAGUCAGCAGGAAGAAGUGACUGCAGGAGUCCGGAGUCUUGACUGACGGGCACUCCUUUCGCCCAGGACUCGUUGUCAUUCCUUGUGCUGUGCGGAUCAGGGAAGCACGGAGCGAGCGAGGGGAGACACUGCUGGCUGGUCGCCACAAUCAGGGCCAAUUAGGGGAAUUUGAUUAUAUGCCUUAAUCUUGGCAGUCAGGUGGAAAAGCAGACAGACAGAGAAAGAGGAGGCUGAGCAGGUGCCUCCGAUACACACCAUUAUCUCCAUCUAUCUCUAAUUGAGUUUGUUUCUGCCCCUUGUAGUGAGGACUCUUUUUCUCAGUGGCAAACAAGUUUUAAACGUUCAGAAAAUAAACACAAGACGAAGAUAAACAUCAGCAAACACACGUUCACCUGAUUUUUUUUUUCUUUAAACAAAAAUCUGGAGAACUUUUAUUCAUUUUCCUCCAUUCCUSCAAUAAGUUUUGUCAUCCCAGUAUGGACUUUUCCCCUGCAGCCCUCUCUAUCUCCAAAUCAAGCCUGAGAUAAAAGAAAGGAACUGAGGGAAGAGGAGGGGAAAGGCAGCGUGGUGCUGAAUCUGUGGAAGGCAGCGCAGACUUUAUUUCUUUUUUCAAUCUCAGACACCCGGAGGCUCCUGCCAACUGUCCCCAAAGCUUCACUUCCUCCUGUUAAAAAUUCCUCCUCUCCCUGGGAGCUCUUUCCUCGCUCUGCUUGUGGAUGGUACGCUGCAUCCUGGACCUCACCAAGAUUAAAGUGGCCUCAGUUAUCCGAGGAAAUACUUUGAUAUCAGCUCCCGGUGUCGUCAUCUUAAUUCUGUGGCGGUACAGGCAGCCAGCAGACCAUUCUCCAUGAGGAGCAGUGGAAGAUGCCGGCUCUGCCAGCACUGCUGCUGUCAAUUUAUGUUAUUGUCCUGCUGCUGACUAUGGCACCGCUCUCCUUCAGCCAGGCCAACACCCUCUCCGCCGUCCGCAUGGCGGCCCUGUUGGAUGACCAGUCUGUGUGCGGUCGCGGCGAGCGCCUGGCGCUGGCUCUGGCACGGGAGAACAUCAACAGUCAGAUGGARGGCUCCGCCCAAGCAAGGGUGGAGGUGGACGUCUACGAGCUACAGAAAGACUCUCAGUAUGAUACCACUGACACCAUGUGUCAGAUCCUGCCAAAGGGUGUGGUUGCAGUGAUUGGCCCCGCCUCCAGUCCGGCUUCUGUGUCCACCAUCAGUCACAUCUGUGGGGAGAAAGAGAUCCCUCAUGUGAAGAUUGGUCCCGAAGAAACCCCUAAGYUGCCCUACCUUCGCUUCGCCUCUGUCACCCUCUACCCGAGUAACGAGGACCUCAGCCUGGCCAUCGGCUCCAUCCUGAGCUCGUUUGGCUACCCAACAACCAGCCUCAUCUGUGCCAAAGCAGAGU